AUGGGUGACGAGGAGAUGAACGGCGGAGCAGGAUCCAUGGACUCCAUGGAGUCCCGGUGGGUGUUUCAGGAUGAGGACGAGUCCGAGAUCGAUGAAGACGAGGACGAGGACCAGCACCGCACCACCGUGAUGGAUUCGGAGGACGAUGAAGACGACGAUAAUGCGGAGCAGCGGCUGAUCCGCACUGGCCCUCGCAUCGAUUCAUUCGAUGUGGAAGCCCUGGAGGUCCCCGGCGCUCUCCGAAACGAAUACGAGGAUUACAGUCUUGGAAGGAAAUUAGUAAUAGCUUUCCAGACCCUAGGGGUUGUAUUUGGUGAUGUUGGAACAAGUCCCUUGUAUACCUUCAGUGUCAUGUUUAGCAAGGCACCUAUUAAUGGAAACGAAGAUGUUCUCGGCGCUUUGUCACUGGUCCUCUACACCUUAAUUUUGAUCCCCUUGCUUAAGUAUGUUCUCGUUGUUCUUUGGGCUAAUGAUGACGGUGAAGGUGGUACUUUUGCUUUGUACUCAUUGAUCUGCCGACAUGCUAAGGUCAGCCUUCUUCCAAAUCAGCUCCCAUCAGAUGCCCGCAUAUCAAGCUUCAGGCUAAAGGUGCCAUCUCCUGAACUUGAGAGAUCUUUGAAAAUAAAGGAAAGGCUUGAAGCUUCUCUUACUCUGAAGAAGCUUCUUCUCAUGUUAGUGCUUGCUGGUACUUCUAUGGUGAUAGCUGAUGGCGUUGUUACACCAGCAAUGUCCGUAGUUUCAGCUGUUGGUGGUCUAAAGGUUGGAGUAGAGGCAAUUAAUCAGGAUCAAGUGGUGAUGAUUUCAGUUGCGUUUCUUAUAAUCUUGUUCAGUGUACAGAAAUUUGGGACAAGUAAAGUGGGACUUGCUGUAGGCCCUGCCUUAUUCAUAUGGUUUUGUUCCCUUGGGGGUAUUGGUAUUUACAACAUUGUUCAGUAUGACAGCAGUGUCUUGAGGGCCUUCAAUCCUAUUCACAUCUAUUACUUCUUCAAGAGGAACUCAACUAAAGCCUGGUAUUCUCUUGGGGGUUGUCUUCUAUGUGCAACUGGUUCUGAGGCAAUGUUUGCAGAUCUUUGCUACUUUUCUGUGCGAUCAGUCCAGCUUACAUUUGUUUGCCUUGUUUUGCCCUGCCUUAUGUUGGGAUAUUUGGGUCAAGCUGCAUACCUAAUGGAGAAUCCCAGUGGGGCUGAUCAAGCUUUCUUUUCUUCAAUUCCAAUUGGUGCUUUUUGGCCUGUGUUCCUCAUUGCUAAUAUUGCAGCAUUGAUUGCUAGUCGUGCAAUGACAACAGCCACAUUUUCAUGCAUAAAACAAUCAAUGGCACUUGGUUGUUUCCCUCGUCUUAAAAUCAUACAUACCUCCCGAAAAUUUAUGGGGCAGAUUUAUAUCCCUGUUGUGAAUUGGUUUUUGCUGGUGGUUUGCUUGGUGUCAAUCUGCUCCAUUUCAAGCAUUGAUGAGAUUGGAAAUGCAUAUGGCAUUGCUGAGCUAGGAGUGAUGAUGAUGACGACCAUUUUAGUAACAAUUGUUAUGCUUCUUAUAUGGCAGAUAAACAUUGUUAUUGUGCUGAGUUUCUUAGUAAUUUUCCUGGGGUUGGAACUGACAUUUUUCUCAUCAGUUCUCUGGAGUGUGGGAGAUGGAAGUUGGAUAAUUUUGGUCUUUGCUAUCAUCAUGUUCUUCAUAAUGUUUAUAUGGAACUACGGGAGCAAGCUUAAGUAUGAAACUGAAGUAAAGCAAAAGCUUUCAAUGGAUUUGAUGCGGCAAUUGGGUUCUAAUCUUGGGACCAUCAGAGCUCCAGGAAUUGGCUUACUUUACAAUGAGCUAGUGAAGGGUAUACCAGCAAUCUUUGGCCAUUUUCUGACCACACUUCCUGCAGUCCACUCAAUGGUCAUAUUUGUAUGUAUAAAAUAUGUUCCAGUUCCUGUAGUGCCUCAAAGUGAAAGGUUCCUAUUCCGCCGUGUCUGCCCAAAAAGCUACCACAUAUUUCGUUGCAUAGCCAGGUAUGGCUACAAGGAUGUUAGGAAGGAAAGUCACCAGACAUUUGAACAGUUAUUAAUUGAAAGCCUUGAGAAAUUUAUUCGUCGGGAAGCUCAGGAGCGGUCAUUGGAGAGUGAUGGGGAUGAUGGGGAUACAGAUUCAGAAGAUGAGUCCUCUUGCUCAAGAGUUCUUAUAGCUCCCAAUGGAAGUGUUUACUCACUAGGUGUUCCUCUCCUGGCUGAGCACAAGGAGUCGAGUAAGCCAAUCUCAGAAGCUAGCACAUCUGAUGAGGUGAGGUCAGUGCCUCCUACAGAUCCAGAAAUUUCUGAUGCUGAGCAGAGUAUUGAGAGGGAACUGUCUUUUAUUCGCAAGGCAAAAGAAUCUGGGGUUGUCUACCUUCUUGGCCAUGGGGAUAUUAGGGCCAGAAAAGAUUCCUGGUUUAUCAAGAAGUUAAUCAUAAAUUACUUUUAUGCCUUCUUGAGAAAAAAUUGCAGGAGGGGGAUUGCAAAUUUGAGUGUACCUCAUUCACAUCUAAUGCAGGUUGGCAUGACAUAUAUGGUUUGAGGAUUGGUUUUGUGGAUCAAAAUAAGGCAAACUUAACUUUCACAACAGAGUUGAAACACAAGCAAUUGGAGUUAUGAAAUGCCUUGAUGUUGCACGCCUUUCCCAUCAACAGAGGUUACAUUAUCACCUGCUUCUGGGAUUUUAGUGCCGUCAUUGGUUCUUGGCUGUUUGGCUCCAUCAAUCCUCGAAGCAUUUUGCAUGAAGUUCUGACUCCUUGGGUGUUCCAAUUUUUGCUGAUGUGCAUUCGGAAGUGUUCUGUAAUUACCAUGUUAAAGUAUGAGAAUGCAUAGUUCCACUCAAAAAUCAUCAUGUUGAAUUGGCAUUCAUAUACAAAAUUCUCUCUCUCUCUCAUUUU